GAGAAAAAAAUCAGUAUGCUUGGCGGAAACUGGAUGGAAAAAUCCAGUGAAAGUGGUAAACUUAUGGGGACUGGGCAUUUUGGUCGAAGUGCUGUGUAGAGGUUGGCCUUGAGUCUCUCAACAAUGGCCUUGUUGCUACAAACGCAUUACCCUCUCUCUCUACGCUCACCGCGUUGCCCUUAUCUCUUCCCUAACCCUUAUUAUCAUUCAUUUCUCAUUAUCCCCACCAAUCCCCUACCGCGAUUCAAUGCCGCCAUUACAUUCUCCGGUCACCGGACUCCGUCGCGCCCUUCGUCGGCGCCACCCGCAGCCUCCGCUUUCGAUCGCCACGCGCGUCCGGCAACGCCCCUUCUCAAGGCUUUUGCCCGCGCCGCCGUCUCCGCCCUGCUGUUUCUCUGCUUCGGCGUUCGCAUGUGCUUGGCCUCUUCGCCGCCGGCGCCGGCUCUGCCCACGGUUCAGGAGGAGCAAACUGUUCAAGAUGAUCAUGAUGGAAUAAAACAAGAUGACAAAGAAACUGUAGUAGAUAAGGAAUUAGAGGAAGCUUUUAAUGCCUGGAAAUCUAAAACAUUUGCAUUGACUGUUCCUCUGAAAGUUGUUGCUCUACGUGGCUCCAUACCUCCUUCAUGGAUCAAGGACUUCAUAAAUUCUCAAGGGAGGAGAAUGAAGUUUAACGUCAAGUAUUAUGCAAGUCUUGAGAACAUCUUUUCUGACCUAUCAAUUCCCUUUACCAAAGGAAAAAUUGGCCCAGCAUCUGCUUUGGCGGCUGAUAUUGUUGGUAUUGGUGAUUCAUGGGUCAAAUUUGCUAUUAACAAAGCUAUAAUUGAACCAAUAAGAGAUGUAGAAGAUCAGGAAUGGUUUAAAAGCUUAGAUGACAAAUGGAAGGUAUACCUACGCAGGAACCGUGAGGGAGAAAUGGAUCCUAAAGGUGAUAUAUGGGCUGCCCCAUAUCGAUGGGGCUGCAUGGUAAUAGCAUACAAGACAAAUAAAUUCCAAAAGCAUAAAUUGGCUCCGGUAGAGGACUGGGCAGAUCUGUGGCGGCCCGAUCUUGCAGGGAGGAUUUCAAUGGUUGAUUCUCCCCGAGAAGUUAUUGGAGCAGUUUUGAAGUAUAUGGGGGCUUCCUACAAUACAAAUGACAUCAACAUGGAAGUUAAUGGUGGGAGAGAUGCUGUUAAACAUAAUUUGGCUUUGCUUGCAAAACAGGUUCGACUGUUUGAUAGUUCAAACUAUUUAAAAGCUUUUGGAGUUGGAGACGUGUGGGUAGCUGUUGGAUGGAGUAGUGAUAUUAUUCCUGCUGCUAAGCGCAUGUCUAAUGUCGCUGUUGUUGUUCCAAAGUCCGGAGCGAGUUUAUGGGCAGAUCUUUGGGCAAUUCCUGCUGCCUCUAGGAUUCAAACAAAUCGGAUUGGUGGACGCAUCAGGGGACCAUCACCAUUAAUCCAUCAAUGGAUAGAGUUUUGUCUGCAAUCUGCAAGAGCACUCCCUUUUAAGCAGGAGGUGAUCCCAGGUGCCUCUCCCUCUCAUCUUCAAGGUCAUUCGGCCAAUGUGCCCGUGGAGUUAACCAAGGGUGGGCCGAGGCUAAAUGGCAACCUAGUUGAUGGAGCACCUCCACCAGACAUCUUAGAAAAGUGUGAGUUUCUAGAGCCAUUAUCUAAUUCAACAUUGUCAGAUUACCACUGGUUGCUUACCUCUAUCCAGGAACCUGGCCAUGGAUUGAUACACAAAAUGUAUCAGAAUAUCAUAUCAGUGGCUAAAUUUUCUGGGUGGUUUAAUUCAAAGCUUACUUGAGUCACUGUGCUGUGGAAUACAUAUCAAGGAUCCGUGGCUAAUAGUUUGAAUGACUAGAAACUUGAAAAGUUUGCUGAUGUAGUUUAACACUUGUGAAGGUCCAUUUUCUGUAUUACAAGGUUAAGAGAAGAGGCUGCGUUCAAGCCACAACAAUGCGAUCUGCAUGUAAGCUGUGUUGGUUCUGCCCUCCGUAUGGCUAAAAGUAACGAUUUUUUCUGUAAAUUCAUAUGAUAAAGGCUAUUUACGUACAAGUACAACAAGAUUAUUCAAUUUUUUAAAGGUUAGAGCUCGUCUUUUUGAAGGAAA